CUCACCGCCAUGGCAAGAACCAAGCAGACGGCCCGUAAAUCCACUGGGGGCAAGGCGCCCAGGAAGCAGCUCGCCACGAAGGCUGCCCGCAAGAGUGCCCCCGCUACCGGCGGCGUGAAGAAGCCUCACCGUUACAGGCCCGGCACCGUGGCUCUGAGGGAGAUCCGCCGUUAUCAGAAAUCUACUGAGCUGCUCAUCCGUAAGCUGCCCUUCCAGCGCCUGGUAAGAGAAAUCGCCCAGGACUUUAAGACCGAUUUGCGCUUCCAGAGCUCGGCUGUCAUGGCACUGCAGGAGGCGAGCGAGGCAUACUUGGUCGGCCUGUUCGAGGACACUAACCUAGCCAUUGCUGUCGCGAUGUCUGGCAGAGGAAAGGGCGGCAAGGGGCUCGGGAAAGGAGGCGCUAAGCAGCACCGGAAAGUUCUUUGCGACAACAUCCAGGGAAUCACCAAGCCAGCUAUUCACCGUCUGGCUCGCCGUGGCGGUGUGAAACGCAUUUCCGGUCUGAUCUACAAAGAGACCCGCGGUGUGCUGAAAGUGUUCCUGGAGAACGUGAGCCGCGACGCCGUCACUUACACAGAGCAUGCCAAGAGAAAGACCGUCACCGCUAUGGAUGUGGUGUACGGCCUGAAAUGCCAGGGAUGCACUCUGUACGGCUUCGGCGGUUAA